UCUUUCUUUCCGGGAAGAUGGAUGGGAGUCUAGGCGAGAUGUCGCUCCACGGUCACCCCGAUCUGGCCCACGGCCAGGACGGCAGGGCCAUGCUGCACUCGCGGGACCUCUCGGCGGCCUUCCCCAGGCCCUCCCUCGGGGGCCCCUCCAUGUCCCUGGAGCCCGAGCCCCGUCCGCCGGGCUUCGACCACUCCAUGUCGGCGCUGGGCUACAGCGGCGACUCCCCGUCCGGCUCCGGCAGCACCUACACCACGCUGACCCCCUUGCAGCCCUUCGACGACAAGUUCCACCACCACCACCACCACCACCACCCCUGCCUCCCCGUCAGCAACGUCAUCGGCAGCUUCACCCUGAUGCGCGAGGACCGGGCCCUCGGCACCAACUUCUACAACCCGUACGGCAAGGACCUGGCCAUGGCCCAGAGCCUGUCGCCGCCGUCCGCGGGCUCGGGCCUGGCCUCCUCCAUGCACGGCUACGGCAGCUUGGGCAACAGCCCCAACGGCAACGGCGGCCAGAUGCUCCACGCCGGCUACGACGUCCACGGGGGGAGCCUCUUCUGCCGGACGUCGGAUUUCGGCCGCGAGAUGUCGCCGCCGGGCCUGGGCGGGGGCGACGUGUCGGCGGGGCACCAGCUGAACAAGAUGGACGCUCACCAGCACCACCAGCACCACCCUCACCCCGUCUACAGCCAGCACUACCAGCCCCACCAUCACCCGAGCCAGCAGGCCUCCAAGAUGGGCGAGCACCUGCACUCCUCGUCGUCCUCCAUGUCCUCGCCCGGCGACGGCAUGCUGACGGGCUCGCAGGGCGGCGGCGAGGAGAUCAACACCAGAGACGUGGCCCAGAGGAUCAUCACCGAGCUGAAGAGGUACAGCAUCCCCCAGGCCAUCUUCGCCGAGAGGGUCCUAUGUAGGUCACAGGGCACGCUGUCCGACCUCCUGAGGAACCCCAAGCCCUGGGGCAAGCUCAAGUCCGGCCGCGAGACCUUUAAGAGGAUGUCCCGCUGGCUGCAGGAGCCCGAGUUUCAAAGGAUGGCCUCGCUCCGGCUGGAGGCCUGCAAGCGGAAGGAGCAGGAGCAGAGCAAGCUGGAGCGCAACCAGGGCCCCAAGCGCACCCGGCUGGUGUUCACGGACCUGCAGCGGCGCACCCUGCUGGCCAUCUUCAGGGAGAACCACCGCCCCACCAAAGAGCUGCAGAUCACCAUCUCCCAGCAGCUGGGCCUGGAGCUCUCCACCGUCAGCAACUUCUUCAUGAACGCCCGCCGACGCAACGUCAACAAGUGGGCGGACGAGGGACGUCCCUCCUCCACGGGCUCCUCGGGCUCCAGCGCCUCCUCCUCCGCCGUGUCCUGCAGCACGGCGUGAAGGUGCGGCGAGGGGAGGGGGGGGGGGCGUAGACCGGUCCAGGCAGAGAUCGGCCGUCGUGGACGUCCUCCUCGUUUGCCGUCGCAGGUGAUUUCGUGAAGGCGAAGCUUUUUUUUUAAAACAUUUAUUUUUCUCCUUCUGCCCAAAAGUAGCCGAUCGCUCCCUCGAGAGAGAAGCGGGGCGACACCCAGAGAGGUAGCCAGGUCCCGCUUGUAUCGUCGAGGGUGUAGAGGCGAUUCGACGUCUCGUUGUUUUUCGAUGAUCUAGAUUAGAGAUAACGAAGGUAUAAUGCAAAUCAAGGAGGAGGCGUAUACCUUCUGAUCUACGAGUCGUCUCUCCAUCAACGGGAAGAAUCAAGAGGUGCCCGUGUGGAGAGCUCCAUCUUGUAUCUUCUAAAUCAAAAAGUGUUCUCCAUCAUCCAAAGACGUUAACCCCCCCCCCCCCCCCCUUCCUGCUUUUCUUCCUCGAGAAUCAAGGUGAAAGGGGAAGAAAAAGCUUCUUUAAAAAAAAAUCUUGUUCAACCCUUGUUUCUCUAUAUUUUCUCUUUCUCUCUCUCUCUCUCUGAAGAACCUACUUCUUCCUUUUCUUAGCAUGUGUUUCCAUGGUGACGAUUCCCAGGCGUUCGUUCCAAGUUUUUUCCGGAGCCUGGAGUUAUUUUUAUUUUUUACGUUUUUUUUAAAGACGGUCCCGCCUCGAACAAAUCAGAGUUUUCGAGCGGGGGAGGGGGAAGUGGGACAGAAUCAAUAAACACGAGUAUGAUGACUAUAGCUUUAAGACUCUUGACUGAGCUUCCGGUUGAAAGCUCCACAGCACAUUUUUUUCCCAUUUUGACAACAAAAAAAUUAAAUAAAACAACCUUUUGAACACAAAGGCUUCGUUGGGGGAGGAGCUACACAAUGCAUUGUGUGACUUUGUAGUAUUUUUUUUAUUUUCUCCACUCAUUUCCAAAUAACUUAUGAUACCUUCUGUUCAUCGGUUGCAAAAAGUCAAAAUGGCCGACGACCAGAUCGCUGAAUUUGCCGCUUCACGUUUUUUUCUUUUUU